AUGUCAAUAAGACAAGGUCCAGGAAUAAGAAUAAGUAUCGAUAGAGGUGGUACGUUUACCGAUUGUAUCGGUAUAGUCCCAGUUCCAACUUCCAAAGAAUACCCAACAGGAAGACGUGAAAUUGUAAUAAAACUUUUAAGUGAUGAUCCUCAGAAUUACCCUGACGCUCCUCGCGAAGGUAUUAGAAGAAUAUUAGAAAUUGCUACCGGAAAAUCUCACCCGAGAAAUAAACCAGUGGACACCUCUCUUAUAGAGUUAAUUCGAAUGGGAACGACCGUUGCUACCAAUGCUCUAUUAGAAAGGAAAGGAGAAAAAUGUGCACUGUUGAUUACCAAAGGUUUUAAGGAUUUAUUAUUGAUCGGAAAUCAGGCUCGUCCCAAAAUAUUUGAUCUUUCCAUCCACAAACCCGACGUUUUGUAUCAACGAGUUGUAGAAAUAGAUGAGCGUGUAACCUUGAUCGGGGAUGAAUCACAGCCACCGGCUGAUCUAGCAAAUGACGGUGCCGAUAUAAUUAAAGGCAUUUCUGGAGAAUAUGUAAAGGUACUUCAAAAACCAGAUACUAACAAGAUAAAGAAUGAUCUACAAUCAUUAUAUGAGGAUGGAUUUCGAAGCAUCGCGAUAUGCCUAAUGCAUUCGUACACAUUUCCAGAUCAUGAACGUUUAUUAGGUUCAAUAGCGUCCACAGUCGGAUUUACACAUAUUUCCCUUUCUUCUGCUAUAAUGCCAAUGAUUAAAAUUGUACCUCGUGGUACAUCCUCAACGGCUGAUGCGUACCUAACACCAUGUAUUCGUAAAUACAUUGAUGGGUUCAUUUCUGGAUUCGAUGAAAACAUGGAAAAAAAUACAAGGCUAGAAUUUAUGCAAAGUGAUGGUGGUCUUGUACCAGUUAAUAAAUUCUCUGGAUUUAAGGCCAUACUGUCAGGACCCGCGGGCGGUGUCGUUGGCUACGCAUCAACAUCAUUUAGUGAGAAUGAACGUGAUCCAGCAAUUGGUUUCGAUAUGGGAGGUACUAGUACAGACGUUUCUCGAUUUGAUGGUCUAUAUGAACAUGUUUUUGAAACGACUACUGCGGGAAUAACCAUCCAAGCACCUCAACUUGAUAUAAAUACAGUUGCAGCUGGUGGUGGUUCGCAAUUGUUCUUUCGUAAUGGAUUGUUUGUUGUUGGACCAGAGAAUAUAAUAAUUGAGAGUUUGGAUACGAAUUAUCAAAUUCGAGUAUUGAAUUUAAAUCAUAGGUUGAUAACAUUAGAACUUAUUCAACAUGAUUCAAAUUGUUCAGUUCAAUUUGACGAUCUAUCCGAAGCUCUGAAGCGCUGGUGCACAUCCGGGACCUACAUGUUACAGAACGGCCCUUUGACUGUAACUGAUGCAAACUUAAUGCUAGGCCGACUAAAUAUCGAUUAUUUCCCCAAAAUAUUUGGUCCUUCAGAGGAUCAACCCUUGGAUGUGGAGGCUACUCGUCUCAAAUUCCAAUUGCUUGCAGAAGAGAUUAAUGCUUUUGUAGGUGAUGAUAAAAAAAUGAGUUUAGACGAGAUAGCAUACGGAUUUAUUAAAGUUGCAAACGAAGCAAUGUGUCGUCCCAUUCGUGCUUUAACUGAAGCAAAAGGAUAUGAUACUUCAAAACAUAUUCUCGCAUGUUUUGGCGGUGCUGGUGGUCAACAUGCAUGCGCAAUCGCACAAAAUCUGGGCAUCAAGAAAAUCCUAAUUCAUCGAUAUAGUUCGAUAUUGUCAGCAUACGGUUUAGCAUUGGCUGAUGUUGUUAAUGAAGUUCAAGAGCCUUGUUCAAAAACUUAUUCAGAUGACUCGUUACCGCAAUUAAUUGAAAAAAUUAAUGCCCUUUGUGAAACAUGCACAAAGGAACUAAAAUCGCAAGGUUUUGAUGAAUCAUGUAUUCAACAUCAUAUUUAUCUUAAUUUACGAUAUCAGGGAACCGAUUUCGCAAUUAUGACCUUAAAACCUAAAGAUUCAUGGGAUUUCGCUCAAGCUUUUGCCGUGCAGUAUAAGCAAGAAUUCGGUUUCAAUUUUCCUGAUCGAAAAAUUUUGGUGGAUGAUAUAAGGAUCCGUGGUAUAGGCAAAGGUUUUGGAAUAACUCAACAUGAUGUAUUUGAUGAGAUAAAAAGUAUUAGUCCUAUACCAAUAUCAGAAGACCAAUGCGACAGUACGGUGUCCGUUUAUUUUGAAAGCGGACGUGUAGAAACUCCUCUUUAUCUUUUGGAUAAACUGAAAAUUGGAAAUAAGAUUGUCGGACCAGCAAUGAUUAUGGACUCGAACUCAACUAUUCUCGUUGCACCGACGUGUAAUGCGUUGAUUACAACUUCUCACGUGUUUAUUACCGUUGGGGAUGGCAUUAGAACAAAAGUAACUACUGAAUCUGAUCCGAUUCAAUUAUCUAUAUUUGAGCAUCGAUUCAUGAGUAUCGCUGAGCAAAUGGGAAACGCUUUACAGAAGACAGCUGUCUCAACAAAUAUUAAAGAAAGAUUAGAUUUUUCUUGUGCUCUAUUUGGAGCUGAUGGAGGAUUGGUCGCAAAUGCUCCACAUAUUCCAGUUCAUUUGGGGAGCUUAAGUCAUGCGGUUAAGUAUCAAAUGGAGUAUUACAAUGGUACACUAGAAGAUGGUGAUGUAAUUAUGAUCAAUCACCCGCAAGCUGAUAUUACUGUAAUAACCCCAGUAUUCAAUGAAGGAAAAAUCGUAUUUUUUGUUGCGUCAAGAGGUCAUCAUGCGGAUAUUGGUGGUAUUUUACCUGGUUCUAUGCCACCACAUUCAAAAGAAUUAUUUGAAGAAGGUGCUGCUGUCAAAUCAUUUAAACUCGUUUCAAAAGGAACAUUUGAUAUUGAUGGUCUUACCAAUAUUUUAUUGCACGAACCUGCUCGAUAUCCAAAAUGUUCUGGGACAAGAUGUCUCCGUGAUAACAUUUCAGAUAUUAAAGCUCAAGUAGCCGCAAACCAUAAAGGUAUUAAUCUUGUGAAAGCAUUAAUUCAAGAAUAUGGUUUGGAUGUGGUUCAAGCUUAUAUGAUAUAUAUUAGAAAGAAUGCCGAAUUAUCAGUUAGGAACCUCUUGAAAAAUAUAAGUCAUCGAUUAGGAAAUAAUAUUUUAAAGGCGACCGAUUACAUGGAUGAUGGAACACCUAUUGAAUUACAAAUAGAGAUUGAUGAGAAAGAGGGGUCUGCUAUAUUUGAUUUUUCUGGAACUGGUCCUGAAGUUUAUGCCAAUACCAAUGCACCACCUUCAGUCACUUUCAGUGCGAUUAUAUAUUGCCUCCGCUGCCUUGUGGAUGUAAAUAUUCCACUAAACCAAGGUUGUCUUGCACCGAUAGAUAUUAGAAUUCCUCCAAAGUCUAUAUUAAAUCCAUCUGACGAGGCAGCUGUCGUUGGUGGUAAUGUGCUAACAUCACAGCGCCUUGUCGAUGUUAUUCUCAAAGCAUUCCAAGCAUGCGCCGCAAGCCAAGGAGAUUGUAAUAAUUUGACAUUCGGAAAAGAUGGGAAAAAAGUAGAUGGAAAAAUGGUUGAUGGAUGGGGAUAUUAUGAAACAAUUGCUGGAGGUAGCGGUGCUGGUGAAACAUGGGAUGGUCAGUCUGGUGUGCAUGUGCAUAUGACAAAUACGAGGAUAACGGAUCCAGAGAUAAUCGAACGAAGAUUAGAUCAUGCGGUUAUGUUACGCGAGUUCUCACUUCGUAGAGGCUCAGGUGGUAAGGGUUUGCAUAGAGGCGGCAAUGGAGUGAUCCGUGAUCUUGAAUUCCGUGAGCCACUUCAAGUGAGUCUACUUACGGAAAGAAGAGUAUUCCAUCCAUACGGAUUAAGAGGUGGUAAAGAUGGUGCAAAGGGAUUGAACCUUUGGAUUCGUAAAGACAAAAUUAAAGGGAAAAACCGAGUACUUAAUUUAGGUGGUAAAAAUAGUUUUAAAGUUGGUGUGGGAGAUCGAGUUGUGAUUUGUACGCCAGGGGGUGGUGGAUGGGGAGUACCAACUGAUGAAACUAAUGACGAUAUGGACAUUGAUGAGGCAAUUACGAGAUUUUU